AUGCUUCAGCGUACCUGCAGCGGGUCACUUUACGCCGUGCUGGAAGUGGCCAGAGACGCGACGCCUCAAGAGAUCAAGAAGGCGUAUCACCGACUGGCACUUCGUCUUCAUCCAGACAAAACUGGUGGGACAACCACGGAGCAGUUCACAUUGAUCCAAGAGGCGCAGUCCAUCCUUGGCGAUCCAAGGCAGCGACGUGUGUACGAUACAUUUGGCAGAAUGGGCAUAGAGUCUCUCCGACAGUUUGGAGACGGGAUGGUGGUGAUGACCACUGCCGGCAUUCGUUGUGCAUUUUUUAUUAUUGCUUUUUGGAUGCUGCUGUGGUUGCUCACAUUGGUACUUGUAAUUGUACGAUUAGACUACAACAAAGGCUGGCCCUGGGCAGCUGUGUUCGCUCCGGCGUGGGUAGCACUUGUUCCAUUGCUUCUAAUUGGCGGAUUGUUAGUUUUUCAUGGCGCCACCAGGCGAGAAAUUGCCUCCACACUGCUGGGGCUUAUGUGUUUCCUUGUUACUUUUGCGGUUGCGAUGUUUGUGGUCGGACUUUCUGGUGCUCUCACAUGGACCAUUGCGUUAGCUCCGAGUGCAGCAAUAUACGUCUUUCAGAGCUGUUUUAUUUUACGUUACCUUCUUCCUUUUCAGUUUCGAAAUGGAUUUGCUGAAUUCAUUCCUCCAGGUUCGUCUGUAUGCUUAUCACGGAUGUACUGGGGGUUUUUGUUGGAAACAGUAUUUGAAAAGUUGUGUUGUUUCAGCUUUAUUAGUCUUGCCUUGCUACGCGCGGCGCAAACAGGAGGGGAAGAUACAUCAAAACCGAUCUCCUUCUGGAUAGUUUUUACUCCUCUUAUUUUGUACUUUGGGUGCAUGACGUUUGUUUCUGCCGCACGAAGAUUUUUUGCGGGAACAGUGGAGGGGCAGUCAUGUCUCCUGAGCCGACUGUGCCAUGCGCUGACGGCCGCCAUAGGUUACGCCAGUCUUCUUUUUAUGGCAUGCAUGUUGGCGGCGAAGUGUCAAGCUGAGCAGAAUCACAAGGCGGUUUCUCUGCACCCCUCAGCGGCUGUUGCGCUUCUUCCUCUGGAAGUGGCGCUCGCAUUGGCCGUGCUGUUACCCAGCUGUAUUUUCUACAAUGCAGAACUCCUCUUUGGAGAUGUUUCCACAAUGGAUGUAGCAGAAGAUGACGGGAGUUUGGCGCCAGGGGGUGAUGACGCGUUUGACCGUGGCGGAUUUAUGUACAAAUUUAUGCGGAAUAAUUACGCGAAGAAUGGGGGAAGGGGAGAAACCGCGGCAGGGAGCUCCGAAGCGUAUCGCGGGGAGUGGGCGCCGGACCCGCCACAUCUUAAAACGACGUAUCGGGGGAUUUGA